UAUGAGACCAGGCUGCCUCGCGAGCCCACCCUGUCUUGCUGCAGCCUAUAAAUUGAAGUGUUUUUACGAUAUGCAGACGUUAUCUGUACUGUCAUGAGAGUAGAUCGAUUCCUUUCAGUUCACACAUAUUUUUCUAUCUGGCUUCAGCAGCAAUGAGGACCCUGCGGACCAGCAACACCCCAGGAAUAGGAUCCACUAAACCAGAAUCUCCAGUGGAACACAGUGGAAAGACAACAUCAGCUGGAAGAAAGUUUAAACAUUUUACACUGCCCCCUAUCCUUAGACGGAAUUCCAAGAGCAACAGCCACGUCUCCUUUCCAGAUGUACCCAACACAUCCAGUCUUAUAGCUGCCCCCCAGAAGGAGUUGUUGACUUUUGAGCAGAACCUUGAGAGAAAUCACCUCUCUGCUGCUGGCCAACAGCUGAUAGACAGAGAGGAGCAUCUAUAUGGACGGAUCUCAGAAGUAGUUCAGCCGACCACAGAGAGGGAGAAGGAGAAAGAGCAGCUCUCCAGAGAUCGCAAAGGCCUCCUCAGCCACAUAGACCUGGCUGUGAAGAGUUCUCUCAGUCCGGACAAAGACAGUCUGGAAGUUCUGAAGUCUGCAGUGAAGGCUAUCCUACAGGAGGAGGAGCAGGAUAGGCGAUGGCUGAAGCAGGAGAGUAAACAGCCUUUCUGGAGGCCCAGUGAGUGUAGACGUCACCACGACACUGUCAUCCAGAGCCUGGUGGAGGAGUGUAUGGUCAAUGCCGAAUUGCCCCCCGAAGAGAGCAACAAGCUACGCUCCUCCCUGCAGAGGGACAUCUGUGGGAAGGGCAGACGCCUGCAGGAGGACCUGCUGAGGGUGGUGAAGGAUGUGAAGGGCUGUUAUCCAGAGGACAUGGAUAUCUGCAACCUGUAUGGAAAAAUGUACCACCAAGCCUUCAGUGCAGGGAUGAGAAAGAUUGCAGAGUAUGGACUGGGCAUGAUUGACUGUUCUUACCUCCUGCAUUGGGUUAAUGUUGCCUACCCAGAGAUUCUACAAAAUCUGGAACUGACCAAGGCGAUAAACCCUGAAGCGUUGGGAAAGCUGUUGACUGAAGAGUUAACAACACACCUGGAGAAUCAAUAUCUUACUCACCAAGAGACAGAGGUGCAGACAUUGAUCAACAAAGUGCUGAAUGUAGAGGAGCAAGCCUGGAGGGAGGGAUCUGUGCCAGAGCUCAGAGACAACUGUUACUUUAGCCCCUUGGCCAUCGAUGUCAUUCAGUUUGUUCAUGCUGCAUUCGAAUCAGUAGAGACAGUUUUGGGAGACACGUCCAAAGUCCAGAUGAUUGCGUGCCUGUUAAAGGACUUCUUGAAUAGCUACAAGAAAUUCCAGGAGAAAGUUCUCAAGGGAAGCAACAAUAGAAACAGCGGAACUGUGAUAGUGGCCAAUCUUUCCUGUGUUGAACAAUUUAGGGACUAUAUUGUGAAGAAAGCAGAUCUCUUCCCAGUGGAUAUAAAGGAAUGCUGUUUGUCCAUAGUAGCUGAUAUGAAAAAUUGUGGCUACAGAUAUUUAACAAGCCCCAUACACAAGGACCUCAAGUCUCAGUACAGAAGUCUGGGAACGCCCAUAUGGUUGGAGAAGAAACAUGUGUUCGAGAAGCUGUUGGAAGGAAUUAACAAACACACCCAGGAUGUUACGGGCUUGACUGACUCCUGCCAUCAGGAGCUGCUGAGCCAGCUGCACUUGGAGGUGACAGUGGAGUAUGUGAGGAGGCUACUGAAGAGGAAGAUCAAGCUGAGAGACAAAGAGAUGCAGGAGCAGGCUGCCAGGUCGGUGUGGGAGGAUGGCCAGAGACUAAACCAACUAUUCACUGAAGCGGGUUCCAGGGAGGAGUGGCUGAGUGACAUUCUGGCCAGGAUUGCUGAAGUGCUGAAACUCCAAGACAUUUCCUCCAUACAGCUGGAAAUAGUAACUCUGGGGCAAGCUUACCCUGAUCUCAGUGACGUCCAGGUGACCGCCCUGCUUAGCCUCAAGUCCAACCUUUCUGCCUCAGCUGUGAAGAGGAUAAAGAAGACCCUCCUGGACAUCCAAGACACCACCAGCUCCCAGGAUGGCCCAUCCUUUUUCUCCAAGGUAUUGGGUUUCCACUAGUCACCACUAGCGUUUUGGUCUUAAUUUAAUGUUAGGGUUAGCCAUGAGGUUAGCAGUGUGGUUAAGGCUAGAGUUUUAAAAUCAUAUUUUGACACGAGAAAUUGUAAAAAUGGGUAUGGUUUAUGAUUUUGUGGCUGUGGGAACUAGUGACAACAGGUCAAAUGAUUGUUGAACACUCUUGAGUCAAGUCUGUAGUGUUUUAGAUUGUUGCAAAAUAGCUUGCCUUUUGUAUAUGGGCAUUCUUAAAGGGACUUAUUUCACAUUGCUGUGUCUUAUGAGCCUUUGAGGGUGCUGUGAAAAGUAGACAUUUGUUAUAUUGUAUAAUACGGUUAUUUUAGAUUACUUCAGUUUUUUCCUCCAUGAGAAUACUGUGUUCUUAUUGCUUCUUAUAGAUUUGUAUGUUGUAUUUUGCAUGUUUAAUUAUUUAUGUAAUAAAAAGGACUACGCAUUACAUCUGUAAGGCACCUCUGUA